AUGACCCUAAAUCUCAUCAACUUUGUGAAAAAGCCGUGGCGGCUCGGUCGAGAAGAGAAUGCGCAAAAACACCUACCGAUCGGCAUUCUGCAGAUCGCCAACUCGCUGCCCCUGCAGCGGCGCGUUUUCUACGAGUUCGAUAGUGAUGAGAUGGGCCCUCCGUUUCUACAGCGGAAUCAUCGGCAAUGUGUCAAGAAUCUGGAGAGCUGUAGACAGCAAAUGGCGGCAUUCCGUGAUGGGCGAUUAGCGGCGUUGUAUCCGGCUGUUGAGAUGGAAGAAGAGGAGCCGGAAGUGGAAAAUACGAUAGCAGACGAUUCGGAUGAGGAUGACGAUAUGCGGGCCAUCAAAGAGAUGCAGCAGCAAUUCGAGGAGCACGACCUGGCGAACACGUCUCGAUUCUACAGGGAUGCGCCGGAAGGGGAAGUCUACAAACCGGACGAGUCGGAUGGCUCGGAAUCGGAUGAAUCGAGCGGCGACGAAUCGGAAUCAGAAGCGGGCCCCGUUGAUAUCGAUCUUUCGCGCAAUGUUUUACAAGAAUUCUUCCGGUGCCUGAACGCGAAAUCACCACUCCUCUGCUACUACACGCUUUGGUAUGCGGAAGCCUUUUUGCAGCGAUGCCCACGGGAUUGCGAGAAGAUGAUCCAAAAGCUAGAGCAAAUUUCGGAAUCUACCAAAGUGCAGCGGAGCCUGGAAAAGCCGCCACGAGAGGGCAUCAGCGGACGGAUCGAAAAUGUCGAGAAUUUGAGCAACGUCGCGAGACGCGUUUUGCACCGUUGGCACGUGGUGAUGCGGGAUCGAGACGCCGAGUCAGAUGCGGAAUCCGGGCUCGAAGAGGGGCCCGCAGACGCUUGGAACGAUUAUUUCCCCAAAACGGCGCGAAAUACACCUACGGCCACCCCGAGCAGCGCAACACGGUCAACACUACUGCGAUCGUCGAGUCGCAAUUCUGAGAAAAAGAAGCGAAGCGCAACGCCAGAACAGCCAAAAGAUGUCGAGGCCACGCCCAUCGCAAAUUCAAGAACACGACGUGGCUCCAGCGUCGUUCAGACCCCCAAUUUCACCCCGAUUCAAAAGUCAACACCGGCCAACCCGACGCCGGCCACCCUCAACAAGAUGACCAGCACGCCAAGGCAAGCCGCUAAAGCCACGCCCAUCACCCAGCCCUCUUCCAACCGGAAAUCGCCUCGGCACGAGAUUUUGACAACUGAGAAGGUGCCGACAAAGGCCGUGGUCGACUUGAAGUCGCCGGGUUCUGCGCGCCGCGUUCUCGCCCCAAGGAAUACACUUACCGAAACGCCAAUCGGGCGAAAGCGUCACUCGAGCAGCGGCCUGGAGAUGGACAUCAAGCGCAAAUCGUGU